UUUAAUACUUCUAUCCCGUACAGGUCGCGCGCCUUGUCGUCUUAUCAGUAAUAGUAAAAAACAAAAGAAAUAUAAUAAACGAUAAUUAUAUAAUAAGAUUGAUCCGUGAAAACAAAUAUUUGUAUUUUGUGACUUGUUGUAUAUCCUUGGUUCACCGUAGAGUACUCGUCCCGAGUCAUGAGCACCACCAACGUCCACGGGAUUACCGAACACAUUGCUACACGGAAGUGAUGAAGGGGAUAUUAUGGCAAUCAAUUUCUCAGCAUCAUUUGCAGCAUGUCUGGCAGCAGGUCUCAAAGUUCCUCGGAAUUUUAUGUACUGCAUUGCCCAAGAGAAUGGUGCUCCAUAUGUUAUAUACAACAAAGAUGGCCACCAUCAACAAGGGCCGAACAGCAGUAAUGGUCAAUGGGGUCCAGGGCCUUCACAAAACGGUUAUCCAGCUCUUGUAUCAUCUCAACACGAACCAGCUGAACAAUCAACUGAACAAGCAUCUCAAUCAACGAUUGCUUCACCUAUACCAUCACCAUACCCUAAUACCAAUCAUUCAAUUCAAGGUUCUGGAAAUGGCGGAGAAGAUGAAACACCACCAGAAGACAGUGUUGUUGAAUCUGAUCGAACCCAACCAGGCCAUUAUGGUCCGGCUGACCCUUCUAACUACUAUUCUGGUGUGAGAGGCGGCCCUCCACAUAUGUUGAGUCCAUCAAGUUUUAUGUCUUAUUUAAAACAGCCUGGUGUCAUGUUAACUCCACUAAAUCCAGCAGAAGCAUCUGGUGAUUUUCCUAAUAUGCCAGACCUUAUUCACCAACAACAAGAAGCAUCGGGGAAAAAAGGUUCUGAUCUGCGUCUAUUCAAAUGUCUUUCUUGUGGCAAAGAUUUUAAACAAAAGGCUACACUAAUGCAACACGAGCGAAUUCAUACUGAUUCAAGACCAUUUGUGUGCAGUGAUUGUGGUAAACGGUUUCGUCAACAGUCUCAUCUUACGCAGCAUGUGCGUAUACAUGCUAAUGAAAAACCAUUUGUAUGUGUUUACUGUGAGCGAACCUUCAGACAGCGAGCAAUCCUUAACCAGCAUCUACGGAUUCAUUCGGGUGAGAAACCGUACGGGUGUGGAGACUGCGGCAAGGCGUUUCGGCAGAAAGCCAUCCUGAACCAGCAUGUCCGCACUCACCAAGAUGUGGGCCCACACUUAGUUUAUAAAAAUGGGCAACUUUGGCCACAAGAUGUGCCAUUGCCACAAUCUAAAAGUGGACAAUAUGAUUCAAAUGAUCCGUGUUUUUCGCCAGAAAAUGCUCCUCAGUUCCCUGCAUAUUUUAAAGAUGCCAAAGGCGUUGUACAUGAAAUUUUUGGCCAGGCUGGUAAAAGUCUACCUGAUGUAAUCCAACAUGGUCGUAGUGCUGGUAUGCCACUUUAUGUUCGUUGUCCAAUUUGUAAUAAAGAAUUUAAACAGAAGUCUACUUUACUUCAGCAUGGUUGCAUUCAUAUAGAAUCUCGACCUUACCCUUGUGUUGAGUGUGGUAAACGAUUUCGACAACAAUCACACCUUACCCAACAUCUACGUAUACAUUCAAAUGAAAAACCGUUUACGUGCAUUUAUUGUGGACGGAAUUUCAGACAACGCACUAUACUAAAUCAACAUUUACGUAUACAUACCGGUGAGAAACCAUAUAAAUGUUUGCAAUGCGGAAAGGAUUUCAGGCAAAAAGCCAUUCUUGAUCAACACACAAGAACUCAUCAAGGAGAAAGGCCAUUUUGCUGUCCAAUGCCAAAUUGUCGUCGUCGGUUUGGUACUGAACAGGAAGUAAAACGUCACAUUGAUAACCAUAUGAACCCUCAUGCUAAUAAGCGUAGAUCCGAUAGUGGCAAACCAGGCAGGCCACCACACUUAAAUACCAUACUCAACCAACCAUCUGGCAUAGUGAAACCUGAGUUGUACUUCCCUCAGUGUUAUGGAAUGCCUUCACCUUUUGCAAACCACCAUCAUCCCCAACAAAGUUUUGUGUCUUCUUCUCCGGUUAAUCAUGUUCCUCCACCUCCAUCAGAAUUUAAAGAUGCAAGAACAGUAGUUAACAAUACGACAGAUUUUAAGUCACCUGCAAACCUAACAACUGCUGCACCAAUAGCAGUUGUUCAAUAAAAUUUGAGUUAAAUUAAAGUGUAUGGUUACUUGUCAAUUAUGGUUAGUAUAUAAAAGUGGUGAAUGUGAUAUAUUCUGAACCUUUUGAAUGGAUAAUUGAUUAUUUUUGUUAAUGACAAAACAGAUUUAGUCCGUAAAACAUUAGUUGUGGGAAGUUAUUUGUCAAAAAGACUUAAUUCCUUGCGUUACCAUGUUGUUCUCUCUAAAAUAUUCUUAACUAAUACAUGUUACCAAUAAAAUAUAACACAUAAUACUAUGGUCAUGUCUGUUGUAUAUAGUCUUAACAGAUUUAAAUUAAUGACAUAUUUAAAUAUUUUUUCCUUAACAUUUUUAAUUUUGUUAUAGAAUUUUAAUUUUUUGUUAUUUUUCUUCAUAUUUUAUGUUUUUUUUUUCGAUAGACUAAAAUUUUACCUUACACUUCAAAAAUAUGUCUUAAUAUCUUUAUUACCCUAUUGGAUAACUAUUAUUAUAGUCUUAAAUUUAAAGUUCAACUAAAAAUAUAAAUUAUCUGACUAUUCAAAUAACUUAAUGUUAAAAGUAUGUAUAAAUACUAAAUAGAUACUUAUUUUUGUACUCUCAUUGUUAAUUCAAUAGUCGUUCUUAUUGAAAAAAAAAUAGGAUAAAGGAAAUUUUAUUCAUAAUAAUCAUACUCCUGCUAAUAUUGUCUAUGUUAAAAUUAAAAUAAUUAAGACUUUAUUAGUCUAUUCUUUUUUUCCAAAAUUAUUAUAUGUACUGUUUUGCUCAUUAAUUUAAUAACCUGAUGGAAUUAGUAGACUUUGCUAACUAUGCAUGUAUCUUUAAACCAAGAAAAAUGUAUGCUAUUCAGUAUGUUUUUUGUAUGAUCAUAUUUUUAUUUCCCGUUUAUAUGAAUGUUUUGUACAUAUGAUGAAAAAAAUAGAUUAAACAGACAUUAAAAUGUACAUAUUAUUAUGAAUGUAUACGUUUAAGAGGUUAUAACUAUUUUAAAAAUAAGAUUUUUUAAUAUUUAUUAUUUAAAAUUAGAAUAGCCCUACGAUAUAUAGGGAAAUUUAUUUAUUUUUUUUACCUACCAAAUUUGUUAAACCACAAGUUAUAAUGUGAUUUGUCUGAAAAAAUGCAUAUU